AACAGAGCGCUGCCCUCUCGGUGGCCAGACAGCCCUUACUCAGUUGGUAACUUAAAGGAACCGUGGUGACCAGCUGAAAGCCUAAAACUAAAAGAGCAAAAAGAUUUCUUGAGAAGAGAGAACCCAAACUUAAAGAAAAUACAAAAAAUGCUAUGCUCAUAAAAGGAGGAAAUGCAAACUUAACAGUGACUGAAGUGCUUAAAGACAUUUAUGCUGUGAAGAAGCCUUUUGCUGUACUGUAUAAAAAGAAAAAUAUUACUAGGCCUUUUGAGGAUCAAACAUCAUUGGAAUUUUUUUCCAAGAAAUCGGAUUGUUCUUUGUUUCUGUUUGGCUCUCAUAACAAGAAGCGACCUAACAACCUGAUAAUAGGUCGCAUGUUUGACUAUCACGUCCUAGACAUGAUUGAGCUAGGCGUUGAGAAGUUUGUAUCCCUAAAAGAUGUCAAGAACAGUAAAUGUCCUGAAGGAACAAAACCUAUGUUGAUAUUUGCUGGUGACAUGUUUGAUGUAAAUGAAGAAUACAGAAGACUGAAGAGCCUUCUCAUUGAUUUCUUCAGAGGUCCUAGUGUGCCCAAUAUUCGUCUGGCUGGUUUAGAGUACGUUCUGCAUUUCACAGCUGUAGAUGGGAAAAUUUACAUGCGAAGCUAUAAGGUGCUUCUGAAGAAAUCUGGCUGUAAAAUACCAAGAAUUGAACUGGAAGAGAUGGGACCUUCAUUAGAUCUGGUUAUGAGGAGGACACAUUUAGCUUCAGAUGACCUUUAUAAACUGUCUUUAAAGCAACCGAAAGCCCUGAAGCCUAAGAAGAAAAAGAAUAUCUCCCAUGAUGUGUUCGGUACAACUUACGGUCGAAUCCACAUGCAGAAGCAAGAUCUUGGUAAACUGCAGACGCGGAAAAUGAAAGGGUUAAAAAAGAGACCAGCAGAGAAGUCAGCUGAAGAUGGUGGGGUUAGUCCCAAAAAAUCAAAAUCAGCUUGAUAGUCUGGAACAGCUUUGAAAACUCUUUGUACCUUCAAAUUUAGUAUAUAUAUUGUAAUAUAAAUGUGUCGGACGUAAUGAUUCAGCUGCUGUUAGCUUUAGUUUUAUAAAAAAAUCUUUUUAAUGGUUUGUCAUUUUAAAGGGAACAUGGGGGUAUUGAGCUUUAACAUGGAACUUGGUUAUUUAAAAUAAAAAAUGUGAUAUAACUUG